AUGACAGUGCGCUCUGCCAUCCUCGCUGGGUACGAGAUCGAUGACAUCAGCACGCAGAUCCUGUCACUGACGGCUAUCUGGUAUACGAACUGGUUUGACAGUCGUCUGCAAUGGGAUCCAAACAACUACAGUUACAUCGAAGAAAUCAUUCUCAGCCACAAAAAGAUCUGGAAGCCGUCGCUAAUCGUGAAAAACGAAAUCAAAACGUCUGGUUUGAUCGACAACACUGAAGGGCGAGCUCGAGUAUUCUUCGAUGGGUUCGUGCUGUGGUCGUUACCCAUCACCAUGAACACGAUGUGCGAGAUCGACGUUCAGAACUACCCAUUCGACACCCAGAGUUGUACAGUGCAGCUCAGUGGGUGGGGAUAUUCAACGGGAGUGCUCUCAACUAGCAUUGCCAAAGGAAAGUCCUACCCAUUCAGUUCAUCCAGGCUUAGGUUUAUGGUUAGUGUUAGUCAACUUAGUGUUAAUGAUAAUAUUAGCAUGCAUGCUGGAACGUUCGGAAGUGUGUUCAUCUUGCAGAAAGAGGUUGAGCUUCUGCCACAAAUGCCUAUGCCCGUCAACAGAAAGUUGUAUGCUCGCCACGGCGAGUGGAGCUUCGUUUCGUCCUCGGUUUACCUCCACAACGACACGGACGACAUCAACACAUUCCGCACGCUGAUGUUCACUCUGAAGUUCAGACGUCGCUGGCAGUUCUACAGUCAGUACCUGCUACUGCCCAUUAUGCUCAACUCGAUUCUCAUGAUCUCCGCCUUUCUCCUGCCCAUAGAUUCCGGCGAGCGGCUCACCUUCUCGCUGACGGUCCUACUCGCCUACGUGGUUCUACUCACCAUAGUAACCAACAACCUGCCUCCGAUCUCCACGAGAACAUCCGUGUUACAUAUUUAUCUUUCAAGCCUGAUGGUCCUUGGAACCGUGGUAACUCUUUUUAGCAUUGGGCUUUUAUCACUUUACAACACGGAGGAAUCCGACCGCAUCUCAUUUGCGUUACAUACGUUUACAAAGUACUUCAUAGCACCUGUAGCAACUUUCAGUCCCUGUCGAACAAAAGACAGGUCGCAAGAACAUCCACCCAGUGACGUCACAGUGAGAGGAAACCUGAAUGUACAAAAUGUGAUGAUCCAGACUGGGGGUUCAAGUUCAAGGCCGGUGUCAAGGCAUAGCGGGUUUAUCGAGGUGAAGACGUUGUCUUUCAGAGAAUUCGCCGUCGUCCUCAAUUCAUUUCUCUUUAGGAUGUCUGUGUUGGGCUUGUGCAUUCUUACGUCCAGUACUCUGAUAUUCUUUUAUGUCCAUAGCUAAACAAAUGAAGGAUAUUUCUUUUUUUUUUUCUCUUUUCGUUUUUUUUUUUUUAAAUUUUAAUUUGCUUCAGUUUUAUUUACAAAAAACAGCCAUGUUAAUACUUGUGUUUCACGAAUUGCUGUCAUUUGAAAAAAACAUUUUGAGGAUGUGUAAUGUUAUUUAUAAAAUGUAUAAAGUGUU